AUGUUCAAUGUUGAAAAACUUUUAUUUGAUUCUUAUGCUGGAGAUUCAACAGAAACGGUUAAAUCUGCGGAAGAAGGCCUCAAAUCACUAGGAUCUUCUUCAGAAGUGUGCAAAUUAUUCAUUGAUACUGCAAUUAACCAAGAAAAUGAUAUUAAUUUACGAUUAGCAUCUAUUUUGCAACUUCAUCGAUUAACAAACCAAAAUUGGAAUACAGAUAUGCCAAAUGAAUCCAAAAUACUCCUUCUUAACUCUUUUUCAACUUUAAUUUUGUCUUUUGAAGAGUACCAAAACAAUAUUUUUGAUUUUAUUAAGGACUAUAUCAAACUAUCAAUGCUAGAUAAUGCAUUUGAUUAUGUAUACGAAUACUUUUCUGGUUUAUUUGAAACAAAUUUGCUUUCAUAUCUGUAUUUUGCUAAAUCAAUUGCUUCCAUUUACAAUUAUAAUGGAUUCCAGCCAAACCAGUCAAUUAAACAAGACAUUAUUACAAGAAUUUUAUCAAUUAUUGAAGAAAACACUGAUUUUACUCAAAUCAGGUUGUGUUUGCAAACAGUACGAUAUAUUUUUAUGAAUAAUGUUGCAUUUGAGAUUGAUUUAGGACCAUUAAUUACAAAAUUAAAUGAAAUUUUUAGUGAUUAUUCAAAAAUUCCAACGAAAACGCUUUCGUCAGCAAUUUCCACGUUUUGCUAUUUGUUUCAUGAAAUCGAUAUCGAAGUUUCCUGCUUAUUAUCCAAAGAAAUUUUACCAAUUUUAGGAAAUUCUCAAAUUCCAAAUAAUAUUCAAGCAAAACUAGGCCUCUUUAUUAACAGUAUAGUAAUAAAUCCUGCAACCUAUGAAUCAUUAGUUGUUCCAAAUUUUAAUUUCAUUUUUGAAAAUAUUAUUCGAAUUUAUUUCAUGCCAAUGGAUGCUGAUAUGCAAGAUUUUGAAUUAAAUCCUAUUUCAUUCAUCUCAAGCUACAAAGAUAUUGCUUUUGCGUAUGAUUCUUCAAAAUCAUAUUUAUUUAUGACUUUUCAACAAGCAGGACGUGAUAACAAUCAAUUUCCUAUUAUAGUAUUCAAUUUCAUCAAAGAAAUGAUAUCAAAAGAUAUAAAUGAACGAGAAUUAUUUGGAUUAAUUUAUUUUUUCUCUUCGAUUGCGAGAUAUUUAACUGAUAAUGAAUCAGAAGUAUUUGAACUCCUCAGUAUAUUGCUUGGUGUUGAUAAUCCGCUCAUAACUGUUGGAAAUUGUAUUUUAAUUUCGCAAAUGAAUUUUGAUUCUUUUCCAGAAGAGAUUUAUGACAUUUUAUUUGAAUAUUUAUUUAAUGAUAUUGUCUUAAUAAGGUAUUAUGCAAUUGAUGCACUCUCAGAAAUCAUUUCUUCGAAUGUUGAUGAAGAUUUACAAAAUUCUCUUGAAGAGAAGUAUUCAGAGAACGCAGAAGACAUAAUUAAUGAACUAAUGAAUACAGUAGAUGUGCUUAAUGAUCAAAGUUUAAUGAUUUCUUGUGAAAAAAUAAUUUCAUUUUUCAAAUCAUAUGUUAAUUCAAAUUCUAGCUCAAUAUGUUCAAGAUUGUUCAUUUUAUAUAUGAAUGCGUCAACAGACGAAGAGUCUUUCGUUGAUUGCACCUCGAUUUUAUCAACAAUAACAUAUUUUUUGAAAACCAAUGCAGAUUCUAUUGUUGAAGAGCUUUCCCAAUUAAUAUUUGAAUCUCUUGAGCAUAUAAAUUGCAAUAAUAUUAAUUCUUUACUGAUAUUAAUUUCAAAUAUUAUCUAUUAUAUGCCAAAUGAAGUAAAAGUAGGCAUACAAUAUAUAGAACAAUUGAUAUUAGCUGUUGACACAUACAAAACUUCAUUUGAAGCAUUAUCUAUACUUUUAUUUAAUUUAAUUCUGAAAAACAAAAGUUGGGCGAUAGAAAACAAAAGUUCUCUAUAUGAAUUAGCUCUGAAAUACAUUCAAAGCUAUUCAUCAGACUUUUUAACAGAAGAUUUAUCUCAUUCUUUGAGAAUUCUUUCCGCAAUUCUCAAAAUUGAUGAAGAAAUAGAUGUUUCACAAUUUAAUGAUAUUGUUAAUACGGAACAGCUUGGAUUAAUGAUACAAGCUCGCUUGGAAGGAGCACAAUCUUUUAUUUCAAUAAUGAUUGUGAAAACAUCAGGAAAAUUCCUUGAAAACUUUGAAAUUUUGGAAAUAUUUGAUAGUAUUGUAACAUAUUUUAACCAAAACUUAAUCAAAGGUCUAAUGAACUCUGUUACAUGUUAUUUUGAUGCUGAUCAAAUGAAUGAAUUUCAGGAAGCUUUAGAUCAAAUAUAUGAAGAUGAAACUGUUUCUGGAGUCCUUGAACAGCCAAUUAUUUCUUUGUUUUGA